AUGGCCGAGAGCUUGGUGUCAAAUUCGAAUAUCUAUGACGUCAUCUUUUUCAUCGUCGGUGCUUUUGGAACUUUUUUAGGGAUCUCUGUGAUUGUAAUCGUUUUAACGCAAUCUCCAGAAAGUAUGAGGACUUACAAGCGGUUUAUUAUCAAUUACACUGUAAGAAUCUAAUUUUUUCGGAUGUUUAUUGCUGCGUAACAGAGUUACAUGGACUUUUUUCAGAUUUUCGAUAUGCUUUUUGCAUUCACCUUGGGAGUUUUGGUGAAGCCGGAUCCCUUAUUUCCGUUUAGUGGAGCCUAUAUUAACGGGUUCUUCAAGUAUCUGGGCGAACCUGGUGCUGUGGUUUCUGUAGGUUGACAAGUUACAAAAGCCUUAUAGACCUUGAAUAUGCAUUAGAAAAACAUAAUUUAAAUUCGUGUCAACUUUUAUCCCUGUAUGCAUAUUUGAGAAGCAUAAAAGAUCUUUUUGAAGUGAACAUUCUUAUUGUUAAAUAAAUAUAUAUUUUUAGGACGUUGCAAUUGUAAACAGUGCCGGUUAUGCCAUGUCCACACAAUGUUACUGUAUUAUGUACAGAUUUGCCGUUCUGCAAACCAACCCAAAGUACAUGGAUGCCCUGCUCUCCUGGACCACUUGGAUCGUCGCAUACCUAAUUUCUUUUGCAGUCACAGGUGGAACUUAUUUUAUUUUUGAUAAGGUGCAACCCCCUCAAAAGGUAACCAAAGAACACUAUCUUCUUUUUUGAUGGUCCUCUACCACUUCUUCAAGCCGUAUUUUAGGAUAUUCCUGCUAAAAUAAUCCAAGCUUUGGCCAAUUUCCCUGGCAUUCCUCUGCCCGAAUUUGAAGGCCAACUUCUACUUUAUUUGGACUACAAUUCUCAGUAUUCAAAAUACGCCGGGGCCUUUGUUUUUAUCGGCUUUCUUGCCGCCGAAGCCAUCUCAAUUGGCUGCGUUUUCCUUAUUCUUCGGCAGCUUGAAACCAAGAAGGCCAGCUUUUCCAAAGCGACGUACAAACUUCAUCGACAGCUGACGGUUGCGCUGGGAAUUCAGGUAAACUACAGUAUGGAAAAUAGAGGCCAUAAACUUCAAUCUCGUGGAAAUUUUAGAUCACCAACUCAAAGCGAAAGAGCGAGGGACAAUUUUAGAUUCAGUUUUUCAAAGACAUACGCCAGAUUUCAACCUUGCGGCUUGCAGAAACAAUGAAGAAUUUUUGAGCGAAAGUUGGCAAAAGCUUUUCGCUUUACCGCUCUUCGCAUUUCGUAUAAUCUAUUUCAAGUUCCUCAAAACCCAGGCUAACAUGUUCAGGAAUCAAUAUGCCUCUUUAGGGAAAAUGCGUGCAGAAUUUGAUAGAAAUUGUAGCGUCGCAUUUGGAGAAAUUCUCAUUUCAGUGCAAAUCUCUCUCAAAGUUUACUAUUUUAAAUCCUUACAUUUUCAGUUAUCAAUGCCAAUUCUCUUCAUUAUCACCCCAGUCACUUAUGGCAUUAUAAUGACUUAUAUCCAAGGCCCAACCAACACCCUGGCUGGGCGUCUAGCCAUCAUGUAUAUAGAUCUUUACGGUGCUUCCAACUCAGUUGUAACUCUUUACUUUGUCAAGCCAUAUCGGAUGUUUAUCAUUCAAAAAAUCAAAUCAUUCGCCAGCUUUGUCACCUGUGGGAAGUAUGGCAAUUCCACUGAAGUCAUAUCAGUCAUGGCGGCGGAGAGCACACUGGUCUCAUAUCAGUCAUAAGCAAUAAGGAUAUAUAAAAGGAGCUAAAUAUUUAUUUACCGUUCCAAAAGUGUGGUUAUUCCGGAAAAAUUAUGUUGUUGAUCAGGAGCAGCCUGGUCGUCUUAUCGCUUGAUCUUUCUAUGCACUUAUCCGUUCGCAAAGACGCUAGAGGUUUUUUUGGGUUUUGCACUGUGCAUUUGGAAACGACUUUAUUGCACUGUGCAAAAAGCCGAAAAUUGCACAGUCCAAAGUGAACCUUUGUUUUUUCACUGUGCAUGUCGCCGAAAUGACUCCAGCGACUUUACGAAAAGACUCCCAGUCUGUCGGGAAAAUAAUGCGGAUUUGUCGCAGCAAAAUGUCUCGCCUUUUUUUAGAACAUAUUCUAUUCUAUUUUUUCUAGCAAUCGUUGAUCUUCGAGGUCUAAUAAUAAGCAUUUUUUUCUUUGGUCGACGUUUUUACAGGUGAAAAUCGCUGUCGUUAAGUUACCAGAAAUUCCAUAUUUUUAUUUUUUUCUUCUUUUUACUUUCCUAAAUGAGGCUGACUUCGUUCUAUGGCCGAGAGAAUUGGAGAGAAUUGACAAGACCUAUACCAUUCGAAAGGUAACCGAAUGAGAUUUUAGCACGCCAAGUUUCGCCUUUUUUGAAAUCAAAUUGCGCGCGCACCAGGCCAAACACUCUGAUAUUAUACUAGGCACCAGUUUAGAAAAAAAGUGAAUUAGUGAUGUCGGAGUGAAUUGACAAGACCUUCACCAUUCGAAAGGUAACCGAGUGAGAUUUUAGCACGGCAAGUUUCGCCUAUUUUGGAAUCAAAUUACGCCCGCACCAGGCCAAACACUCUGAUAUUAUACUAGGCACCAGUUUAGAAAAAAAGUGAAUUAGUGAUGUCGGAGUGAAUUGACAAGACCUUCACCAUUCGAAAGGUAACCGAGUGAGAUUUUAGCACGGCAAGUUUCGCCUAUUUUGGAAUCAAAUUACGCCCGCACCAGGCCAAACACUCUGAUAUUAUACUAGGCACCAGUUUAGAAAAAAAGUGAAUUAGUGAUGUCGGAGUGAAUUGACAAGACCUACACCGUUCGAAAGGUAACCGAGUGAGAUUUUAGCACGGCAAGUUUCGCCUUUUUUGGAAUCAAAUUGCGCCCGCACCAGGCCAAACACUCUGAUAUUAUACUAGGCACCAGUUUAGAAAAAAAGUGAAUUAGUGAUGUCGGAGUGAAUUGACAAGACCUUCACCAUUCGAAAGGUAACCGAGUGAGAUUUUAGCGCGGCAAGUUUCGCCUUUUUUGGAAUCAAAUUGCGCCCGCACCAGGCCAAACACUCUGAUAUUAUACUAGGCACCAGUUUAGAAAAAAAGUGAAUUAGUGAUGUCGGAGUGAAUUGACAAGACCUUCACCAUUCGAAAGGUAACCGAGUGAGAUUUUAGCACGGCAAGUUUCGCCUUUUUUGGAAUCAAAUUGCGCCCGCACCAGGCCAAACACUCUGAUAUUAUACUAGGCGCCAGUUUAGAAAAAAAGUGAAUUAGUGACGUCGGAGUGAAUUGACAAGACCUUCGCCAUUCGAAAGGUAACCGAAUGGGAUUUUAGCACGGCAAGUUUCGCCUUUUUUGGAAUCAAAUUGCGCCCGCACCAGGCCAAACACUCUGAUAUUAUACUAGGCACCAGUUUAGAAAAAAAGUGAAUUAGUGAUGUCGGAGUGAAUUGACAAGACCUUCACCAUUCGAAAGGUAACCGAAUGAGAUUUUAGCACGGCAAGUUUCGCCUUUUUUGGAAUCAAAUUGCGCCCGCACCAGGCCAAACACUCUGAUAUUAUACUAGGCACCAGUUUAGAAAAAAAGUGAAUUAGUGAUGUCGGAAUGAAUUGACAAGACCUUCACCAUUCGAAAAGUAACCGAGUGAGAUUUUAGCACGGCAAGUUUCGCCUUUUAUGGAAUCAAAUUGCGCCCGCACCAGGCCAAACACUCUGAUAUUAUACUAGGCACCAGUUUAGAAAAAAGUGAAUUAGUGAUGUCGGAGUGAAUUGACAAGACCUUCACCAUUCGAAAGGUAACCGAAUGAGAUUUUAGCACGGCAAGUUUCGCCUUUUAUGGAAUCAAAUUGCGCCCGCACCAGGCCAAACACUCUGAUAUUAUACUAGGCACCAGUUUAGAAAAAAAGUGAAUUAGUGAUGUCGGAGUGAAUUGACAAGACCUACAGCAUUCGAAAGGUAACCGAACGAGAUAUUAUCACUGCAAGUUUUGCUGUUUUAAGCCCUUAAAUUUUCAGUUAUCAAUGCCAAUUCUCGUCAUCAUCACCCCAGUCACUCAUGGCAUACAAUCUGGCUGGGCGUCUAGCCAUCAUGUAUAUUGAUCUUUAUGGCGCUUCCAACCCAGUUGUUACUUUUUACUUUGUCAAGCCAUAUCGGAUAUUUAUCAUUCAAAAAUUCAAAUCAUUUGCCAGCGUUGUCACCUGUGGGAAGUACGGCAAUUCCACUGAAGUCAUAUCAGUCAUGGCGGCGGAGAGCACACUGGUCUCAUAUCAGUCAUAA